AUGGAAGAACAGAUUCAUAUCAGUAGGCUGAUAUUCUUUUUAGUCAACAGUCCCCUUGUCAUUUUCAGCCUCGGCACAGACAUUUUCUUUCUGUAUUGCAUUGCCAAGCCACGAGGCAACAGUAAAAGACCGAAGCAGCCUUUGAAGAUACUCUUGGAAUAUAUCAUGUGGUGCUCCAUUUUGUAUGCAGUCUUUUUAAUGCUGACCUUGACGGUGGAGGAUCAUCUAACUGUGGAAGGAUCUUGUUUGCUGUGGUCGAUAAUGCAGUACUUAGUGCAUCAGAGCAUGAGCUCCUACGUUUGGCUGAAUUUUUACUUCUUCAUCCAUAUCGUCCCUGUGCGAUGUGCUCUGCUCAUUUGGUUGAAGAGAAACAUCAAAGUUGCCACUUUGAUUGCUUUUUGUCUCAAUCUCGGGAUUUUGCUCAACAAUUACACCGUAAGAAUGGCCUUUCAUCUAACUGAGGGGCCUCCGCUGCUCUGUUCCACCAACGACUCUGUGAAAUUGACACCGACUGGCUUCACUUCCCCCAUUUUUCUUUUCAAUCAAAUUAGUUUCAUCAUCACCUGGGUCUACAUGUGGACCAUUUUUGGGUUUAAGAUCAUUACCAGCUGGACCACUUUUCGCUACCUGCAAGGUCACAUGAGAAGUGUGGCGAAGAAUGGAAUUCCCUUCCCCAUUGAGUUGAUUGUAAUAAUGUUGGCGUGUGACAUUGAGAACAAAUCUGGCUGA